AUGCAAUUCAGUGGGGUUUUGCAUGAAUUGAAGGGCCAAAAUCGCCCGUAUCAGCAGGAACAACUUCUGUCAGUCCAGUUUGGAAGGAGCAUGAGUUCCUAUGCCAACAAGCUGGCUCAUGAGCCUGGGCGGCAGCAUCUGAGGAAGCAAGUGUGGCAACUCUCCGGCGAGCUCCUGGGCCACGCGGACGGCGAGAUCUCGGGUGAGGAGGCCCACAAAGGCCACAAGGUCCCCGAAGCGGGCGGCAGGCCUGCGCUGAGGGCCAAGUUGCAGGACCUGGCGCGAGACAGGUCGCGGCGCUUUGCUGAAGAGUUGGAGUUUGUCCAGUGCCUGGCGAAUCCGACCUACGUGCAGUGGCUGGCUGCGCAGGGCUUCUUGCAGGACGUGGGGUUCCAACGAUUCUUGGAGUACCUGACGUACUGGCGGCGCCCGCAAUACGUCCGCUACAUCGUGUACCCUCAAUGCCUGUCGGUCCUCGAUCUUUUGCGAGAUCCCAGCGUGAGAGGCCGGCUGCACCGCCCGGACGCGGAGGGCAUCCUUGCUGGCAAUAUGCUGCACGCCUGGGGCGCUCCAGACGAGGUGCAGCUCCGCAACAUGCGGCCAGCUGCUCCGGAAGGCUCCGAGCCGAAGCUUGAGGCUCCCAAGAGUCCAGGUGCGGCUGGGUCCAACAUCACUGGCUUCACCGGCUUAGGUGCGGAUUUCAAGCACAUCAAGGCUUGGCUUAUGAAGUACAUCCGCCCCAGCGAGCCCAGGAGCCUCAGCGAGGCAGCCCUGGAGGUCGCCAAGAAGCAUCUUCGGGAGUGCACUUCUUUGACGGACGCCCAGUUAGAUGACGUCACCACAAAUUCCAAGCGUGCGUGGGAGAAUCGGGACACCAAGAGCGACUUGGCCGAGGUGGCACUGCGUCGCUGCGAGACACCGGCCGCCCAGGUGGAGGUGCCUACAGACCUGCCCAGACGGGUGCGACAGAAGACAACGGCAAAAGCUGCGGCAAAAGACGCGGCGGCAAAGCGCGCACAGACUUGUGGUCUUGGGACGG